AUGGUUGGAGAAUAUCCAGUGUACUACAAGCAGCCAAUUAGAUGGUUCCGCUACCAUGCCCACACCAGACCUCACGUCUUUUUUGCAUGUGCCGUUGCCGGUCUCGCGCCAGUGUUCAUAUUUGUGGUGACACCUUUGAGGAAAACAUUUCUGUAUGGGGACAGUCCUGCCUUGCCUAUUCACGGUUACCCUCUGCCAAACCGUGCUAGAGACACAACACUGACUGGUUACGAUGAUUAG